GUCAGCUUCAGCAUUCUAGAAAACUCCACUCUAGCAGUCUACAUCACAUUUCAGAACGCCGACUGUGAUAGGCUUGAUGAGAUUGAAGAUGAGUUUAUGAGAAUCAUCACCAAAAUUGCCAACCGCGAUGAAGCACUGGACAUGAAACGUAUGUCUGCUGUGAUUCACCGGCGUAAAUUGGACACUUUAAGCAGCCUGGAGUACAUGCCUUAUGACACAACAGCCUUCUUUAUCAUCGGACACUUUUUGUAUGGCAGUGAUGAGGAAGAUCUCAAAAACAGACUAAACACUGUUGACCUCUGUGACCGGAUGCAGAAUGAGACGGAAGAGUUUUGGCUUAACCUCCUGAAGAAGUAUUUCUUGGGCACACCCAGAGUUGUGAUUAUUGGGCGGCCAAGCCUGGAUCUUGGAGCUGAUAUGGGGAAGGAGGAACAGGAGCGUAUAGAGAAACAGAAAGAAGAACUUGGAGAAGAGGGACUGAAAGAAUGCAAGAGACUGGUAGAGAAAGCUGAGGAGGAAAAUUCACGCCCAGCUCCAAAGUCGGUCCACGACAAAAUACAACCCCCGAGUACAGAGAGCAUCAUCUUGCACACGAUCAGCCCCAGCACCAACAUUGCCAACAGCAGCACGCAAGACACGAACAAAAACUUCCCUCUCUCAGACCUGCCGUUCCGCUUCAUGCUGGAUGACAUCCACACCAAUUUUGUUGAACUAAAUAUACUGCUGGAUUCCUGUGAGUUGCCACAGAGAUUGAGAUAUUAUCUGCCCCUGUACAGUGACCUACUUUCUGAAAGUGCUGUUGUACGAAAUGGAGUGCUUAUGCCCUAUGAGGAGGUGGUGGCACAGCUAGAGAUCGACACCUGCUUUUGUGGAGCUGGUUCGGGUUUCCCUGGAGCUAAACACUUGCGGUGUGGAGCUUUCCCUCAGGUGUUUGCCUUGACCAUCAGGGCUGAAGAUUCCAAGUAUGAGACAGCUGUGUCCUGGGCCAGAGACUUGUUGUUUCACAUCUGCUUCACUGCCGACCGGGUGAAGAUUGUAGCACAGAAGCAGCUGAGUGAGACCUCCACGGCGAAGCGUAGCGGCAGCAAGAUCAUGAGAACACUGCUAAGGGAGCUCUGUUUCCAACCUGAAUCCAACCUGCGAGUUGUGUCCAUGUUGAGACAGGCUUCUUUUCUGUCAGAUCUCAUCAGCAAACUGGACUCAAACCCUGGUCAGGUAUUGAAAGACUUGAAAGAACUACAGAAAAUUCUCACCUGUCCCAACAAUAUACAAGUGCACCUGGCAUGUAAUGUGUCUAACUUGGCUGCCAGAGUAUCCCCUGCCAGCCCUUGGAAAGCAUUCCUACCUGAUGCCCCUGUGGAAGGUCGGCCAUCCAGCAUCCAUGUGACCAGAACCUCUGAGCUAGCCAUCCCACGAGAGCAGAUCCCCAACCCCCAUGUUAUUGUGGGCAUCAAGGAGGUGGAGUCCUCGUUCAUGAUGCAGACCGUCCCUGGCAUCUCUGACUUCCUGCACCCUGACCUGCCGGCACUGAUGGUUCUGCUGCAGUACUUCACUCAGUGCGAGGGGCCCAUGUGGAGACGGAUCAGAGGCCUAGGAUUAAGUUACAACUACAACAUGUAUGUAGAUGUGGAGGCUGGUCUGUUGUUUUUCUUGCUGAGCAAAGCCACUUACAUUCAGGAUCCCUACAAGGAAGCAAAAGCUAUAGUGACAGAGUACUUGACUGGUGAACAAGAAUUCUCCCAGAUGGAACUGGAAGCAGCCAAAUCAAGCCUCAUCUUCGAGCUUGUGGAAGAACAAAAGACUGUCCUCAAAUCUUCGGAACUGUCUCUCCUCUCCUACUUCCAGCAAGUGCCUCACUCAUACCCCAAGGAUAUGUUGGACAGAGUAUCCCAGGUGAAGCUUGAGGAUCUAGAACGUGUGGGCCUCAAGUAUGUCUUACCACUGUUUGACCCUGCCAAGACACGAUGUGCCAUCGUUGUCAACUUCACCAAAGUGCAGCACACACAAGAGAUAUUUCUGCAAAAGCAUGAAAUUAAACUGACAGAAUUGCAACUUGAAGAUGAGUCCCUGAUCAGCUUGUAA